UAUCCCCAGAAACGCAUGCCGAGUCUCACAUUUAAGCACUUGUAUAUAUUUUCCAGUAACACAUACAUACUGUACACCCACGCACCCACACACCCACACCGUCAUGAAGAACUGCAGACCACAGCAGUUUGUAAUCACACGCACUCAUGUGUUCUUUCACAGAAACUGAGGGAUGCUGGCCUUGAAAUCCCCGAGGUGGGCGCCAAACCCGGAGUCAGCGUGCAGGAGGAGAACAAGACCCUGAAGGAGGAGGUGAAGAAGCUGAAGGAUGAGCUUGAUGGCAACAAGAAAGCCCUUCAGAAAUCUGACAGUGAUGUGAAGGCCAUGAAGCAGCAAGCAGAGAACCUCACCAUUGAGUAUGACCGUCUGUUGGAGGAGCAUGGAAAGCUGCAGGCGAGCAACGAUUGCCAGGAUAAGAAGUCCAAUUGAUCAGCUGAAGGUUUUUUUCCCCCUGGUCACCUCACGCACUUCCUCUUCCUCGCCAUUCUCUUCCUCUUCCUCCUCCACCUGUCUGCUCAUUAAGGAUGUGAGUGCUCUACACCGCCAGGUGGAGGCCCUGUCACACCUCCCCACAUGCACAUAUCUGGGAGACGACGCGAGGCAAAUCCUCCAUGGCCUGCUGGCUCAGUGGUUCUCUUUCGCUUUCCGUCUUUUGAUUUGGUUUUGUGAAAUACAGAUAGUUCUUACACUUUGUUUUUAUAUUAUAAUUAUAUAUAUACUUUAUUAUUAUUAUAUACUAUUGUUUGUUUAGUCAUUUUUUUUUUUUUUCCUAUCAUCACUUCUGAAUGUUUAUAAGUAUUGUUUUGGUUAUUUUCUGCCCUUCUCUGUAUUGGUACGAAUGGUUGUUCCACAGCCUUGUCACAUGUGGUGAGCGGUGUCGUACAGAAGGACCAAAACGAGCUCCUCUGCUGGAGUGGAACCAGUGGAGUGUGUGAACAUCUAUAGAUAUAGAGGGCCUCAAGAAAAAUACUGCGGUUUUCAUGGGUGAUUUUAGGUCAUUAAUGUGACUUUGUUUACACAUAUUUUUUCCACGUUGUCAUCUUAAGAUAUGCCUGUCUUUCCAAAAGGCACGUGGAGAGAAAUAAUAUUAUUGAAUGUCUUUAAUUUAAUGGAGAGGGAUGACACAUUUCUUGCAACAAAAAAAAAGUAUCCCUGUUCCCCUUGUCCCCUUGCAUUGGGAGUGUUCCAACAUUCAGCUGUCAGGUUAAUGAAUCAUUCCCGUCCUGGUUCGAGGGAAGUGUGAGACACAUGAUUUGACGUGGCAGCAGCCGGUUGAGUCUUGAUCCUGGGCCCUUUGCGAAGCCUGCAUAAUCUGAUAUGAGGCCCCGUGUACUGUAAUCUAUGGGCACAGCGUAGUGUCUUGGCAGUGGCAGGCAACGUGCCUUUAGUAUCACAGCUACAGAUUGGAUUUCGAAACACUGUCAGGGCCAUCCCUAGACGCCCAGUUUUGAAACCUUAACCAAGUGGAAAAUACCCUUGAAAUUCUGCAUCAGUUCAUAUUGUCCAUCAUUGUCCUUCACCUCAUAUCUUUUUUCCCUGUUUAAGCCUAUCUGGGCAAAUCUAUGCCACUGCUCUGCGUUCACUUUUCAACUGUGAGUUAUGUGUACAGUAUCACUGGUAAGAAGCAGCCUGUUAGUUCAGUGCUUCACAGAAUCGUCCCUGUCUGGUAGCUGGUGUAGUGGAGGCCGUGCAGAUGAAUCUCCCUAUGCGCAGCCCCCAAGAAUGGCGGGACUUGACACCAGUCAGUCUGCUUUUUCAGCAGUCGAUCUCUGAGUACGGCUCGCCAGCUCACAACGGCACUCUCUGCGGCCAGCAGUGCCCCGGCUUGUCCAAAGAAUGACAUCAUGAAUUGUGGCACCUGGUAAAAAUAGGCACCUGCAGAAAAGCUAAGCAAAGACCCCCAUGCCAGUGGAGAUGGGCAUGAGGGCAGCUGUUGACAGCCACGGGGGUCUAAGAAACCCUCCUGGGGACGAUGUCAGAUUCUUUUGUAUGAUGUAACGGUGGCAUACUGUUUCCUUCACUUGUAAGAAUGGACCUUGGAAGAGAAUACAUUCUGAUGCUUAGCUCCAUUACUUCCGGUGAUGUCAAUAGCUUUGUUCGUAUUGUAUUUCUUGGAUGGGGUUUAGGGGUUAACAUGUUGUGUCUUUGUGUACGAGCUUUCUUUUGGCUCUAACAUUUGUAAUUUGCAAGUCAAUAAAGUACUUCACAAAACAAAA